AUGCCGCCGAAACAAGCCACUCUCGGGAGAUUCUUCACCUUACCUGCUGGAACGAAGCCUCCAGUACAGCAAAAGACGAAGCUUAAGGUCCCCAAAAAGGAUGCCGUGGAGGCGGCAGGGAAAGAUAUGGAAGAUAAGGGCAUCGACAAGGAGCUUGAGCCAGCUCCGGAGGUAGCUAGAGACGACGAGGGCGAUGCUGUAAUGGCCGGAACCGAUGAAGCUGAGGAUGUGGCCCCCGAGAAAACCGAUAAAACCACUGCUUCUAAAAAACGUGGCCGCAAACCCUCAAAAGCGGCGGAAAAAGAACCGGAGUCCGCCUCCGAGAAAGAAGACUUGGAGCCAGUAACAAAACGCGGCAAACGCUCAUCACCGGUAAAGGACAAGAAGCCCACUAAAGAAUCCCAAAAGCCAAAAGAGAAGGAAACGAAGAUCAAAUCUGAGGCAAAGAUCAAAUCUGAGGCAAAGAUCAAAUCUGUGGCAAAGAUCAAAUCUGAGGCAGAAGAUGAAGAUGAUGAAUUGAUAGCUAGGAAGAGCAAGCGACUAUCUAUCAAAGAUCCCAAAGAAGUCACGCCCCAGGAGCCCAAGAAAAAGGCCAAAAAACCUAUGAGAAACGAGCCUGAGGAAGCAGCUUCAGAAGUUGAAGAGGAAGACGAUGAACCAGUGACUAAGCGGAAUAAGCGUUCAACCAAGACAAAGACCCCCAAGAAAGCCCCGCCAACCCCCAAAGAACUGAAGACACCAGUGAAGGAAGCCAGUGAAGAACCAGACCAUAUGAUGGAAGAUGAUGACGAUAAACCUGCUAAGAAGCGUGGGAGGAAACCGGGAAGUAAAAAUUCUGAAUCUCCAAAGAAGAGAUCAGCAUCUCCGAAGAAGAGCAAAGUCAAAUCGGAAGAAGUUGAGGAAUUAGAUGAAGGAUCCAAAUCAGCUGUGGAGGAAGAGGUUGAAGUGGGUUCUGAUGAUGAUAUGAAGCCAGCUCUAGCAGCCAAGGCCCGGCAAGUUGUUGCAAAGCAACUUUCCGGGAAAGCUCCGUCACAUCCAUUCCCUGACUGGGCAGCUGGUACACCAACUCCUUAUGCUGCAUUGGUCAAAACCUUUACCCUUGUCGAGGGAACGACUAAGAGACUUGAAAAAUUAUCCCAUGCAUCUUUAUUUCUGCGUCAGGUGCUGCGAUUGACCCCAGAUGAUUUAUUGAUGGUCAUUCAUUUGAUGAUUAAUAAGCUCGCGGCGGACUAUGAAGGAGUCGAGUUGGGUAUAGGGGAGAGUCUACUUAUGAAAGCCAUUGGUGAAAGCUGUGGACGGAGUAUGGCCAUGAUUCGGGAAGACCAAAAUGAAACUGGAGAUCUUGGAAUGGUGGCCAUGAAGAGUAGGAACAAGCAGGGAACACUAUUUAAGCCAAGGCCAUUGACAGUGAAAAGUGUGCAUCAGGGUCUCCUUGAGAUUGCAACCAUCAAAGGCGAAGGUGGGCAGGGGCGAAAAGUCGCGGGUAUCAAGAAAUUGCUAGCUGCUGCUAAGGGCGAUGAAGCAAAGUAUUUGGUUCGUGGUUUGGAGGGGAAACUAAGGACCGGGUUGGCGGAGAAUACUGUUAUUGUUGCCCUAAGUCAGGCCGGGAUUGUGCAUGAAAUGGAACAGAAGGGGCAAAAGGCCAGUGUCUCGAUGUUGACUGAGGCAGAGUUGAAACUGAGAAGUGUUUUCAGUGAACUGCCGAGUUACGACGUUAUUAUUCCUGCGAUGAUGAAAUAUGGCUUGAUGAGCCUGAAGGAUCACUGCAAGCUCCAGCCUGGUGUUCCCUUAAAACCUAUGUUGGCUAAACCUACUAAGUCCAUCUCUGAAGUCCUUGACCGCUUCGAAAACAAACGUUUUACUUGUGAAUAUAAAUACGACGGGGAGCGCGCACAAAUCCACUUUGUAUCUCCCGACUCUUCAAUUUCAUAUCCUGCGACCUCCAUAUCUGCUACAACAUCUUCCACCAAGGGUAUCACCAAGAUCUUCUCACGUAACUCUGAGGAUCUGAGUAAGAAGUAUCCGGAUAUUCUUUCGGUUCUCGACAAAUGGGUAAAACCCGGUGUUGAGAGUUUCGUGUUGGAUUGUGAGGCAGUAGCAUGGGAUAAGGAAGAGAAGAGAGUGCUGCCGUUCCAGCAGUUGAUGACUAGAAAGAAGAAGGAUGUGAAGAUUGAAGAGGUCAAGGUGAAAGUCUGCGUUUUUGCGUUUGACCUGCUAUUCCUGAAUGGCAAGUCUUUAUGCCAAGAAACACUUGAAGAGCGUCGUCGUCUGAUGCACGAGUCAUUCACCGAGAUUGAAGGAGAAUUCACAUUCGCAACCUACGCCGACGCCAAUGAUCUUGAACAAAUACAAGUUUUCCUCGACGAGAGUGUCAAAGCAUCCUGCGAAGGCCUCAUGGUCAAGAUGCUCGAUGGCGAAGAAAGCGGCUACGAGCCCAGCAAGCGCAGUCGAAACUGGCUCAAGGUCAAAAAAGACUACCUCGCCGGCAUCGGCGACUCACUCGACCUCGUUGUCGUUGGGGCCUACCAUGGCCGUGGAAAACGUACUGGAGGCUACGGCGCCUUCUUGUUGGCAUGUUACAAUCCCUCUUCACAGAACUACGAAACCAUUUGCAAUAUCGGCACUGGGUUCUCUGAAGUAAACCUCGAGGAGUUCCACACGCUCUUGUCGGAGCUUGAGAUCGAAAGGCCGAAACCAUACUACCUGCACGACAACGGGAACAAGCAGCAGCCUGAUGUCUGGUUUGAGCCCAAGAUUGUCUGGGAGGUCAAGACUGCAGAUUUGUCUCUGAGUCCCGUCUACAAGGCCGCUGCCGGCAUGGCAGACGAUACCGGCAAAGGAAGGGGAAUCUCGCUGCGAUUCCCACGGUUCAUUAGAGUUCGGGACGACAAGAGCGCUGAUGACGCGACGACCAGCUCGCAGGUUGCAGACAUGUACAAGAGGCAGGAGGUGGUGACGAACGGUAGCAAAAAUGGUAGCAAGGGCGUUGAUGAUGAUUUUGAAUACUAA